UAAAUAACUUGCAUCAGCCACAAUUUUGACAUUGGGGAAUCCGGCUAAAUGCAACAUGGUCUUUAAAUGUCAGGAAGAUAGCUUCUUAAAGCAGUUCAAGUCAACGAUCGUAUCCUGUGAGAAUGCUAAUCUGGACUGGGUAACAGAGGAUAAAGGUGAAACAACAAAGCGUCAACUCAAAGGCUUUAAUGUGGUAUGCGAGGAUACCAUACUAUUCCCGGAGGGCGGUGGACAGCCAUGUGACUACGGCUCUCUUGGCGGGCACCCGGUGAGAAAUGUUGUACGGAAUGGUACCCAGGCGGUGCACUUUGUGGAAUCGCCAGAAAGCUUUGAGGAGGGAACAGAAGUUGAACAAGUUUUGAACUGGGAGCGCCGACUGGACCACAUGCAGCAGCAUUCGGGGCAACAUUUGAUUUCGGCGUUGUUUGACAGUGAAUUCAAAUAUGAGACCACAUCUUGGUGGCUAGGCACUAGCACCUGCUAUGUGCAAUUAAAAACACCUCAUUUGAUAAGCCGUGAGUCAUUGGACCUUAUCGAACAAAAGUGCAACAAUUUGAUACGCGAGGGUCGCGAAGUGACAGUUCAUCUAAUAGAUCCCGAAAAGGAAUAUGAUUUUCAGGGUGCUCGUGCUCCACGCGGCCUGCCCAAGGAUCAUGUGGGUCUCGCACGUGUGGUGAACAUUGAGGGAGUCGAGGGCAAUAUGUGCUGUGGCACACAUGUCACAAAUAUCUCCCAGCUGCAGGCCAUCAAGAUCCUGUAUUGCGAGAAGGUGAAAACCAAUGUAUUGGUUCACUUUGUGGUUGGAGAGCGAGUAUUACGAAAAUUGGCAGAAGUCUUUCAACGUGAACAGCAAAUUACAGCGGCUAUCAAAGGUGGCCCCCAACAGCACUUGGAUUUACUGCAGAAGUUACAGCAAAAUGUUAAAAUGACGCGCAAAUGUUUCCAGCAAUUGCUCAAGGACUUCGCACAUGCAGAGGCAGAUCGCCUAGAGGAUUUGCCAAAAGCACAGCGCCCCAAAUACUUUGCUCUCCAUCGUCGCGAUGGCAUCGAGGUGGAUUUCAUUAAUGCGUUCCUUUCGCAUGCACCCGAAGAGAUUUUCUAUUUUCUAACCGUCUCCGAAGGUGUGGCUGCUGGCAGCCAGGCCAAGGGCCACCUAGUACUGCGUGGCAAUCCUGAAGUGGUUGAGAAAUUAGGUCCUCAAUUUCUUGAAUUACUUGAAGGCAAGGGCAAUGGCAAGGAUGGUAAGUUUCAGGGCAAGAUCAAUAAUCUGAGUAAACUAGACGAUUGCAUGCAGCUGCUCGAGGGUCAUUUUAAGCCCAAAAAAGCUAUUCCCGAGGCGGCAAGUGCCUCUUAAUAACCAAAGAACAUGUAAAUACCGAAAAACAAAUAAUAUCUAUGUAAAUACACUAUUUUUCAAACGGUAA